AUGUAUCUCGGCCGCUGGCCAGAUCUCUGCACCGUCGAGGAAUCGCCCAGCGGACGAAUGAUGGGAUACGGUACGCCCCGCGCAGCUCCUACCCGCUCCACACCUCAACACGCCCGCCUCGCAGUCAUCGGUAAAGCAGAGGGUCAAGGACCAGAAUGGCACGGACACGUCACAGCAAUUACAGUUGCGACAGAGUACAGACGACUAGGUCUCGCAAAGAAAAUGAUGCGCCAGCUCGAGACGAUCUCGGACGAGGUCUACAAAGGUUUCUUUGUCGAUCUAUACGUCCGAUGUGCGAAUCACGUCGCAAUCAACAUGUAUGAGGGGAUGGGGUAUAGUGUAUACAGGAGGGUGAGGGAGUAUUAUGGGUCUUUAGGCGCUGGGAAGGGUGGAAAGGACGAAGAAGAUGCGUUUGAUAUGAGGAAACCGUUAUCGAGGGAUCCUCAACGGCGCUCGGUUCGAGAAAAUGGACGACUAAUGGUUGUCCCUGCACACGAAGUACCGUAA